AUGGCCGCCGAAAACAGUCAUAAUCUCGUCAAGGUCCUGUCUGCGCGGUCCUAUCUCCCGGUCGAUGAGCAACCAUCGGCAACCCGAGACUCGGCAAAUUCUUCGACGGCAUCUACAGUCGAAAUCAAUACUAGUCCAAAGCAGUCGAGUUUAUUACCGAUGGAGUCUACUAGAGUCACUCGCCAACGGCGAUCAUCCAGGAAUGCGGGGAGACCGAGGUUGGACACACAGGGCACAGCAGUCUUAUCAGAGAGUCGUCGGAAACAAGUUCGACAAGCCCAGAAGACAUACCGGCUCAAGAAAGAAGCUGUUUUGCAGAAUACUCAGGCACGAGUAGCGGAGCUAGAGCAGAAGAUUAAUGGGAUAUCCGAAGCCUUUUCCGAUCUAUAUGAUGUCGCGCUUGGAUCUGACUUGAAGAGCACUCAUCCUGCACUUUUUGAUCAUUUCAAUGAAAUGAAACGUCUCUUGACUACGAACAUGGGACGGUUCCCUACAAGUCCAUCACAAGAGUCUUCAAGUACCGGUCGUCGGGAAGCAGGUAGCGCACGAAAAUGCGCCACAUCAGUAUCAGAGAGUGUUAAUAGUAGCUGUGAAAAAGGCACUUCUCAGCAAAAUGUUUUCGGGUAUUGUCCAUUGCUAUCCGAAUCGAUGGAGGCCACUCCGGAGAGCGUUUGGCUGUCCCCUGAUGACUACCACGAAGACAGCCAAACAGAUGGCAAUAACAGUGCCUGGCGAUCGUUCGGAAAUUUUAUUUACACUUACUGCUUCCAGGAAGACAAAUUCUCACGACGUCUCCAACGCUAUUGUUUGGAGUAUGCAUUCCGCUUGUUCAGCGAUCCACGCUCUCAUCCGAAUCGCAUAUAUCGGGUCUUCCGCUUAGUCCCGUGCAUUCAGAACAAAGCCAAGAUGUACCCUUAUUUUAAGAGACUGAUCAUGGCCGGUUCUGAGGAGUCGUUGGAGAUCCAAGCUCUUCCUUUCUACUGCAUUGGUGGCGCAGGGACGCACUAUCCUGUGUUGGAUGACAUGGGAAGUCCAAUCUAUCCUCCUAAAAUGAGACUUCCGAAGAGGCUACUUGGAGUCUUGCCAGUGGUAAGAUGUGCCUCCGAUGUUGAAUCAAAUUGGGAUACAGAUCGGUUACUUGAGGUCUGUGGGUUUGGUGGUCAGUGGUUUGAUUGUCGAGACGUGGAAGGCUAUCUCAGUGCUCGCGGAGUUCGUCUCGAGGAAUCAUCCCUGUUUCCACGAGUCGAAGGUCUUCUUGAAAGAGACUCUCAGUCGAGUACGGCCAAUUUCUCGCCUUCGGAAGACUCAAUUACAGACAGCAGAGGUCAAUCGGAGCAGAAUUAUCCAGCAGACAAGCCAUUAUCUCCAUCUGAACCGCUACAUCAGUACAUUCUUGACGUCGAAAGCUUCUUCCUCCAUCUCCUCCAAGGAAUGGUCAUCUUAGGACGUGUGCCGGGCUUUAGACAAAGUGACGUUGCGGCUGCUUUCAGGGCUUCUUUACGAGUACAGGCUGCGUCCUGA